UCAUGCUAAGGACCAUCUAGUGCGCAAAUCUAAGGAGCAGUUUCUUGUUUUCGUGAUUACAUCCGUAGCAGAGAGAAGUUUGGCAGAGAGAAUUGUCUCUUUGUAUUACUGAAAUAAUUUCCGAAGAGACGCUAAUCUCCACUAGGACAAGAAGUCCGGUGUAUUUACACAUCUUGCUGCAACAUGUCUGCUCCAGGUUAUUCGUACCAGGCUCCAUACCCCAUGACCCAAAUGGGUGACUCUGUACCUCCCUACCCAGUAGGAGGACAAGGGGAGCAUGGACCUGCUGCCCCACCUGCGGGAUUUUAUAUGGGCUACCAACCAAACCCAAAUCAGCCAGUCAUGUACCAGCCAGGGCCAGGUGGCCCACCACAGCAACCAGCCCCAAUGUCUGCAUAUGGAGGUGGUGCACCAUCACCCUCAGUCCCUUCUGCCGCAACACCUUUAUCGGUGCCAGUGGGCAUACCACCUGGUCUGGAAUAUUUAGCACAGAUUGAUCAGCUUCUGAUUCACCAGAAAGUGGAGUUGUUGGAAGCAUUCAUUGGCUUUGAAACCAACAAUCAGUAUGAAGUUAAGAACAGCAUGGGCCAGAAGAUCUACAAGGCCAAAGAGAAGAACGACUGCUGCACACGGAACUGUUGUGGUUCACUUAGGAGCUUUGACAUGAAGAUUAAAGACAACAGUGACCGAGAGGUUAUACGGAUGAUUCGCCCUUAUCGCUGUGCCUCCUGCUGGUUCCCCUGCUGCCUACAAGAGAUGGAAGUGCAGGCACCCCCUGGCACCACCAUCGGCUAUGUGACACAAGACUGGCACCCCUGUUACCCCAAAUUCUCCAUCAAGGGUGCCAACAAAGAGACUGUAAUGAAGCUGGAGGGGCCCUGCUUAGCUUGUAACUGCUGUGGGGAUGUUGUCUUUGAGCUAAAAGGCAAGGAUGGAGGAGGGUCUAUUGGUCAAAUCAGAAAGCAGUGGAGUGGGCUAUUAAAGGAGGUAUUCACUGAUGCAGACAACUUCGGCAUCCAGUUUCCCUUGGACAUGGAUGUAAAAAUGAAAGCAGUCCUGAUGGGUGCUUGCUUCCUUAUUGAUUUCAUCUUCUUUGAAAAAGUGGGAGACUCUAACCAACGCAACACAGUCUUCUCUUAGAAAAGCUGACAUCUUUCAAUUCGUCUUGAUCCGUUCAUUUAUUCGUCUCAUCAUUUUUAUGACCCGAACACUACAUAAACAGUCGUCCAUCUCCUGUUCGUCAAACCCUUAUGCCUCAGAAGGACUUCUAUUGCUUUCUCUUAUUUUAUAUUUUACACCAUUCGCAUAGGAAACAGAAUGACAUUUGAAGACAAAAGAGUAGUGAUCUACCCAAACCAGUUUUUCACGUUCUUCCAUGAUUGUUCACACGUGAUAUGCAUGCCAUUUUCUCAACACACCUAGUUCAGAAUGUCAUGGUUGUGAUUGUAGCACUUUCUGCUCAUCCCACACACACAAAAAAACAGAUUUUUUAAAUGUUUUCUUACUGUAUGAUUGUAUAGACCUGCAUAAAUCAGGUUUUGCACUCACUUUAUUUACCUGUCAAAAAGCUUUUGUGUGUGUUAUUGAUGCCACUAACCCACUAACAGUGCUACAUCUUUUCCUACCUCUUCCACCUCUAUUACCUCUUCCUUAUAAAGAAUUGCAAAGAUUUA